AUGAGAUUCUCUACGGUGCUUGCCUCCCUUGUAUUGGGGGAGGCGGUUGCUGCACAGUCAUUUGUUUCUCCACCAAAGCAUAUCAACGUCACUCUAUCCCAGAAGUUCCCCGGUGCCCAAAUCACAUACAAAGAAGUGAAGGGCAUAUGCGAGACUACCCCAAAUGUCAGAUCCUACUCUGGUCAUAUCAGCCUCCCCAAGGACCUCAUUCCCGAUGCAACGGGCUGGCAGGACGGUGUCUCUGGACACUUGCACUUCUGGUACUUUGAGGCACGAAACAAUGCGACAACUGCCCCAACCUCCAUCUACCUUGGCGGCGGCCCCGGCUAUUCUUCAUUUGAUGGCUCAGCCGUCUUCCCGUGCUACUUCAAUGCAGAUGGGAAUUCUACCACCCGGAACAAACAUUCGUGGAACAAUCACGUAAACAUGCUAUAUAUUGACCAACCUUUCGGCGUCGGCUACUCUUACACCACGGCCCUCAACGGAACUCUCAACACCCUAGAGCAAACUUUCUCGCCCGUAAAUACUGAGGCAGAGCUGCCGCAGCUGAACCUGACCACAAUCCAGGGCACCUUACAUGCAGGCGGUCCCGAGACAGUGGCAAAUACGACCAUGUCGGCUGCCAGAACCUUUUGGAGCUUUGCUCAGGUUUGGUUCAACGAAUUUCCAGAGAGAAUCACAACCAACGAUGAGCUUUCCAUCUGGGCAGUAUCUUACGGCGGGCUGUACGCCCCUUUAUUUGCAUCACACUUCCUGGACCAAAACGAGCUCAUCAAAAAUGGAACGCAUGAGGUCGCCAAUGCUACCGCUUUCAACAUGGCCACCGUUGGAAUUAUCAACGGCUUGGUCGAGAUGAGCUCCAUGGUGAUGGGGUUCCCCGAUUAUGCUCGUAACAAUACCUUCGGGCUCCCAGUAUACUCUGAAGAUGUCUAUCAAGAGGUCGUGAAGAACAUCACUGCCCCUGAACAAGGCUGCCUCGCUCUGAUCGACCAAUGUCGAGCUGUUGCUCCUAAAGGCGAUCCAGACAACAAAGGUAACAAUGACGAUGUGAACAAGGUCUGCAGUGCGGCCAGUCAAUUGUGUUUUGGGACCAUCCUGAAGAGUUUCGAAAACAAUGCACCGUACGGCUAUUUCGACAUCACUUACAAUAGACCUGCAACCUUCCCUUACGAGUACGAGGCAGCCUUCUUCAACCAGGAUUGGGUUCAGCAAGAACUAGGCGUGCCACUCAACUAUACCAGAGGCAGUCAAGCAGUCGAGACUGCUUUCUUAGCAUCGACGGGAGACCCGGUCCGUUAUGGCUUUUCUCAUCUCACGCAUCUUUUGGACGGAGGUGUCAACAUAGCCAUGGUCUACGGUGACCGAGAUUACCGUUGCAACUGGAUAUCAGCUGAAAACGCGUCUCUCCAUAUCCCGUUUCAGUCGGCGGAAGACUUCGCCAAGGCGGGCUAUGAAUCCAUCACGACCAACUCCUCCUACCAGGGAGGUCUUGUACGCGAGCACGGAAAGCUAUCCUUCUCGCGCGUGUUUCAAGCUGGUCACAGUGCCGGUGGCUACCAGCCCGAGACGGUGUCGGUCAUCUUCGAGCGCGCCAUGUUCGGAAAAGAUGUCGCCACGGGGAAGGUUGACCUUGCCACAACGCUGGGUUACAGUUCCAAGGGAGAGUCGAACAUCCGGGGCGUUAAGAGCGAGCUUCCUGACCUUCUGGAGAACGUUUGUUACGUGCUGGCACCUGGUGGUACAUGUACCGAAGAGCAGAUCAAGGCAUUGGAGAAUGGAACGGCAGAGACCAAGGACUUCGUGGUGACUAACCCCCCUGGGACGAAGGGUGAACGCUUGAAGAAUGUCGACAAUGGUAAAGGAGGGAACAGCACUGAUACGGGUGAUUCCGGUUCGUCUCUCGCUUCAACGCUGGUCAGUGGUGGUUGGAUGACUGCCGCACUGCCCAUAUUGGCACUUUUCCUUGUCUAG